AUGGAACCAGGAGACAAAAAAUCAUGUUCCGUGCCACCCUCUGGAUGUGAAAAGACUCACAAGUUCAGCACAUAUGAAAAGCGGCCUCAUGGAGAUCUACUCGGAGAACAAUCCAAGAAGAAUCGCACUUACUUUGACUCUGGUGAUCUGGCUCUUUCCGCGGCUCAUAAAGUAACAAAUGAAGGUGCUAUUCAAACUGGAAGAGCCCACCCCCACCGCGAGAGUAUUUCCCACCCUUAUUCCGCGGUGCCUAACACCAGCAAUGUUGAUAAAGAUGCCAACGAGGACUUGUACAGGAAUAAGAGCUUGAGCCCCGAAAGACGAAGUCCUCCCUACCAGGAUGCGAAUAUUAAGCAUAAGAGCCCCAUGAACAAGGAGGAUAAGGGAGAGUUUGAUAAUAUCGCACGUUAA